AUCAAAACGAAACUCAGCAGUGGAAUCUUAGCGAAUGCAAUUGUACAAUCUGUCCCAGUUCCAGAUAAACCCACCCCGUUGAUUUUAGAUGAUGAAGGUAGAACUGUUGAUCGUACAGGUAAAACUGUACAGUUGACGCAUGUUGCGCCCACGUUGAAGGCGAAUAUUCGCGCGCAGAAAAAGGAACAGUACAAAUCCGCAGGGAGUUAUAAACAUAAUGAUGAUUCGAAUGAGACGAAAUUCUUUGAUUUGCGCAUUGGUGUUAAGCCUGCCAUGCGCACAAAACGCGCGUUGAGGUUUCAUGAACCUGGCAAGUUUACUCAGCUAGCGGAGAGGUUGCGGAUGAAAGCACAACUGGAAAAAUUACAGAAUGAAAUUUCGCAGAUUGCGAAAAAGACUGGGAUUUCUUCAGCGACGAAAUUGGCGUUGAUUGCGAAGAGUGAGGGUUUGACUGAGGAUAUUCCGGAGAUGGAGUGGUGGGAUUCGGUUAUUCUUGAAGAGGAUUUGUAUACGAUGAAGGGGGAGAAGAUUGCGAUCAAGGAGAAUGUUAUUAAUAGUUUGGUGGAGCAUCCUACACAGAUGAGAUGUCCAACUGAUCCAUUGAAACCUGUCUACAUGCCGGUCUUCCUCACCCAAAAAGAACGCAAAAAACUCCGCCGACAAAACCGCCGUGAGAUGUGGAAAGAAGAACAAGAGAAA